GACUAAUGAAAUUAAAAAGAAAAAAAAUGGGUAAGAGACAUCAUUGAGGGAUCCGUCGUUUACACGACUCCCAUGAACUUUGUUUAAUAUAUUUUUCAAACCAAAGUUCGAUUUAUAAAUAUGUACUUAUCAUUUUAGGACCAUAGUUUAACCAAAGCUAAAGCAAUAAAUAAGAAAAAUAAUAAUAACAAAUAAUAAAUAUAUAAAUAAAAGAGUGAGCUUUAAAUCAAUGAAAAUGGAAAUGUUGGUACUAGACUAGUAGUAAGAGAAGGAAGCUCCUCUUCAUGUGUUUAAGCAAGCUUUGGCCAUCAUUACAACUAUUCACAUUAAUAAGGAACGCUCCUCUACCGCAUUCUCUGAGUAUUUCUCUGUGAAAAACCCUUCAGUUUCAAACAUGGUUGAAUCCAUAUGGAAAGAGCUUUCACCCGCCAGGAGGGAAGAAUAGAGAAAACCCAUCUGGGAAAUCCAAGGUCGAAGCUCAGAAGCUGUGUUAGUCCAAUCCCAUUUGCUGUUUUGGGGUUUUGGGUCUCGAGGAAUAUUCGCAACUUGUACUGUAAAGUUCGGUUUUUGGAUAAUGGUGGCACUGGUUGUGGCUGUUGUUCGAGCAGGUUUCGGUUUAAUGGUACGGUGGUGAACAACUCUGUUUUCUUGGCUUCGCCUGGUUUUUUUCAAGGGAGAGCUGGUAUGGAGAGUUUGGAUGUGAAGAAAGAAAGGGUUGAAGAUAAAGAAUGUCAAGUGUUUGAUAAAAAUGUUGGUGGAAUGGAGACAUUUGGGGAUUUAAUAAUUUCGGAAAAGGGUCGUGAGAGCAGUUCAAGUUCUGAUUUUCUGACUUCUGAGACGACAGGGCAUGAAGAACAUAGUCAUAGUAGCUCUGAAGAGUCAUCUUCUCCGGCCACAUUGGGUUGGUCUGCUGAGAAAUCUGAGGCACCAGAUUGCACAAGUCACAGUAGUGGUAAGGAAACCAAAGAGAAAGCUUGUUUGGAUGAUAGAAAACUUGAGAAACAAGGAUCAUCAGUGUCAGAGAUUGAAAUGAUGAAGGAAAGGUUCUCAAAAUUGCUGCUUGGAGAGGAUAUGUCGGGUUGUGGAAAUGGGGUUUCUACGGCAUUGGCUAUAUCCAAUGCCAUUACUAAUCUUUGUGCUACCCUAUUUGGGCAACUUUGGAGGUUAGAACCUCUACAGUCCGAGAAGAAAAUGAUGUGGCGAAGAGAGAUGGAAUGGCUUCUUUGUGUGAGUGAUCACAUUGUGGAGUUGAUACCUUCUUGGCAGACAUUUCCAGAUGGAAGCAAACUUGAGAUCAUGACUUGCAGACCGCGCUCAGAUCUGUACGUUAAUCUUCCAGCACUUCGUAAAUUGGAUAACAUGCUUCUUGAAAUAUUGGACGGUUUUGAGAACACAGAGUUCUGGUAUGUUGAUCAAGGGAUUUUGACCCAAGAUGACGAUGGAUCAUCUUCUCUCCGAAGAUCACUUCAGCGUCAAGAAGAGAAGUGGUGGUUGCCUGUACCCCGAGUUCCUACCGGUGGCCUCCAUGAAGAUACAAGAAAACAAUUGCAACAUAAGCGUGACUGCACAAAUCAAAUAUUAAAAGCUGCCAUGGCUAUCAACAGUAUUACUUUAGCUGAUAUGGGAAUCCCUGAAUCGUAUCUAGAAUCUCUUCCAAAGAAUGGAAAAGCCUGUUUGGGAGAUCUUAUAUACCGGUACAUAUCAUCGGAACAAUUUUAUCCUGAAUGUCUACUUGAUUGCAUUGACUUAUCUUCCGAACAUCAAGCGAUAGAGAUUGCCAAUCGAGCAGAAGCCUCAAUAUAUGUGUGGCGCAGAAAAGUAAACUCCAAACCCGCCAGUAACACGUCCAGAUCCAGCUCAAGAUCAUCAUGGGAAAUGGUCAAAGAUCUGAUGGUUGAUGCUGAGAAAAGGGAACUACUUGCAGAUAGAGCCGAAAGUCUCCUGCUCUGCUUGAAACAAAGGUUCCCCGGUCUUCCUCAAACAGCAUUAGAUAUGAGCAAAAUUCAGUACAAUAAGGAUGUUGGGAAAUCCAUUUUGGAGAGUUAUUCAAGAGUUUUAGAGAGCCUUGCAUUUAACAUAGUAGCACGUAUAGAUGAUUUACUCUAUGUGGAUGACUUAACCAAGCAUUCUGAUCAGUUCUCAUCGAUCUCAAAAGUCGGUUUGCUAUCUCAAAAUGGUGUUACAACCCCAUACUCUGUUCCUGUUCCAAGCACUCCAUACAAAACAGCUUUUGCCACUCCAAGUUUCUCUCCUGCACACCUAGUUAGCCCAGCAAGAGGUGAUAGAUCACCAUUCAUCACCAGUGGCAAGCUUGCCCAGCGUGGAAUAGGCGUGAAAAAGGUCUUGACAGAUUAUCUCAGCAUUGAGACGAAAGGAAACAGUUAUGGAAGUCCAAAUGAAAAAGCAAAGUCAUUAUCAAACACAGUACAUGAAGUUUCUGCAUCUCAAAUAGGUGCAGAGUCUCUUGACUGUAGAAAUACACCGAUCCCAUCAAUAAGGGAUCGGUUUCAGAAGGAUGAUAUCUGAGAAAGAAGUGAACUCUAGAAGCUAGCUCUUUUAUGUGAUCAACCAAUAGGCAUAGUACGUACUAUAUUAGGUAUAUUAGCCUUUUCCCUUUUUACAUUGUUGUUCAAGCAGAUGUUUGUAAGAGAGGAGCUGAUGCCUCAUCUUCAUGAACAUUCUCACUUUUCUAGUACUGUUUUUGCUCCCUACUGACUCAGAUCAACAUGUGUUUGUAAAGAGAAAAAAAAAAUGAAAGAAGGAAAUACAAGAAUGUUGGCUAUGUUCAUAAAUAGAUGAAUGCUCUCAUUUUCAUA